AUGAAGAAUAUAAGAUAUCUCAUGAUAACAGUGAUGACUCAAAUGGAACUUAUAUUAAAGAUUAUGAUAGGCCAAAAACAGAAGGAAAUUUUCAAUGUCAAUACUAGAGAAGACAUGAAAAGAUUAAAACUUGAUAGUUUCUGUGAAUCUGUCGAUAAGGUUGAUCCCUUGCAUUAUGAUACUGCAUAUGUAAAAAGUGCAAUUAAAUUUAAAGAAAUAAAUGGAAAUGGUGAAACAUCUAAUAAUGUGUCUGCAACUAUUACGCUUGAUUCAGAUUCUCAUUCUGAAGAAAAUAGUAGAUCCAAAUUAGCAGCAAACCAAGAAACUGAUGUUGAAAAUUUGAAUCCAGUAACAGCACAAGAAAGGUCAUUGACUACUAUUGGCAAUAUGCACUUUUUGCAGGAUAAGUUAACAGCAACAAAAAAUGAAACGUUCUUCUCAAAAAGGGAAUCAAUGUUCUCGAACGAGGACGCAAGUUCUGAUGGAACAGAUGAUUCAUAUCUGCAUAUUGAUUAUAUAUCGCUGAAGUCCACCACAUAUCCAGAAUUUAAAAAACUCGGUAAGAAAGCACAAGAGACAAGGGAUAAGGAGCUAGCUUUAACAGUCGAGCGUUUACAAGAUCUACAUGGAUCUCUCGUGGCUCUUCCAUCGGAAGAUGAGAAGGCCGAAGAUCCGAGAGGAUUGAACGUAUCGUUAAUGCCACAUCAACAACAUGCUCUCGAAUGGCUUCAAUGGAGGGAGCAGCAAAGACCGCCUGGCGGUGUUUUAGCUGAUGAUAUGGGUUUAGGCAAAACUCUAACUAUGAUAUCUUUAAUCCUGGCUACUCUCGGAGAGAAAAAUUCCAGCGAUGAAAGCGAUGACAUUGACGACGAAUCGAGCAGAAAGAAGCCUUUGCGUUACGUGAGAGGUGGCACUCUCAUAAUAUGUCCGGCGUCCAUAUUAUCGCAAUAGGAAAAAGAAGUGAAGAACAAAUGCAAACACGGUUUAUUGACCGUUCAAGUUUAUCGCGGUAGUAAUCGGGAGAACGUACCUAUCCGCUUAAGGAACAAUAACAUCGUUAUCACGACGUACAACAUAGUUGCUCGCGAAUUUAAAAUCACUUCUACCUUAUUUAAGAUUCAUUGGAAAAGAGUGAUACUCGAUGAAGCUCAUAUAGUAAGAAAUCACAAGAGUCAAGCGGCCGUAGGAGUUUGCGGGCUCACAGCGGAUAAACGAUGGGCACUCACUGGCACACCCAUACAAAAUAAGAAAAUGGACCUGUAUUCUAUUUUGAAGUUUCUGCAGUGCACGCCUUUCAAUGAUUUGCGGGUGUGGAAGCGAUGGGUGGAAAACAGAAACGAGGCCGGCCACCAACGACUGGCGAUCGUCAUGAAAACGUUAAUGUUGCGGCGAACUAAGGAAGGAUUGCAAUCGCAAGGCUGUUUAGAAGGUUGUUUACCCUAUAAGUGUGUAGAGGAAGUAACGGUGAAUCUCGAUCCGCAGGAGCAACUGGUGUACGAGAAGAUUUUAAUAUACUCACGUACUCUUUUUGCACAAUUCUUUACUCAACGAGCGAAAAAAAAGUAUAGAUUCGAUCCUUUUGACGGAAAUUAUGAUGAGCCAGCUUUACUUUUAAGUUCGAGCAAAAAUACGCAGUUUACGAAUGCUCAAAAGAUACUAUUGGCGAUGCACGCCGACGUAAAAGUAUAUGAAAUUCUGGUAUUAUUGCUAAGAUUACGUCAGGUGUGUUGUCAUCCAGCAUUGAUCCACGCGAUGCUCGAUCAGGAAGAAAUGCAAAUGAGCGGAAUAAUGAAUGCGGGAAAUAUGAGUCCCGAGUUAAUAUCGCAGUUGAGCAACAUAUUUUUUCAUGGAAUCAAUAGUCAUGAGAAUUCUGAGAAGGAGGAAGAAAUCGGCAUCGAUCAUCGAAUAGUUCAGAAUGUGCUUACCGCUGAGAAUCCGGUAUUCGAUGAUGAUCGCGUUGGUUCUAAAAUGCAAGCUCUACUCGACAUGGUCGAGAAAAUUCUGCUAACAAAUGACAAACUUAUUAUUGUUUCGCAAUGGGCCACUUUGCUAAACGUUAUAGCUUCGCACUUGGAGUUGAUGGCAGGCGCUACAUUUGCCAAGUUCACGGGAAGUGUUGCCAUUAAAGAUCGACCAGCUAUAAUAGAGGCAUUCAACAAACCAAAUUGCAACCCGAGAAUCUUAUUGCUAUCUCUUACCGCUGGAAAUGUCGGGCUGAAUCUAGUGGGUGGAAAUCACUUGUUGUUGUUCGAUAUUCAUUGGAAUCCGCAAUUAGAAACGCAAGCACAGGAUAGGAUUUACCGUUUCGGUCAGAAGAAGGACGUAUAUAUUUACAAAUUUAUUUGCAGCAAUAUGAUAGAAGAGCGUAUAAAAGCGCUGCAAGAGCGAAAAUUGGCUAUUGCGCGGAACGUACUGAGCGGUAACAGCAAGGAGGCUACAAAACUCACGCUCAACGACCUCAAGUCGCUGUUUGCUCUUUAA